GUAUCUGUUAAAGUUGGUGCUAGUUCGUGUGCUACUCCUAAGGAAAAGUUCUUCUAGUCAUUCAGAAACAGAAAAAUGGCUUGUUCGGUCGCGCGGUCGUCUCUAUUACGUAGUCCUACGGUUAGGCAUUAUGCAGCUGCAGCAGCUGCCCAGCCUUCUGCUUCUUCACGGCUUGAGUGUAAAGUUGCUAGUAAUAAUGUUACUGUCGCUACUUGUGACAAUAAUUCACCGGUUGCCCAGGUGUCCAUUGUUUUUAGAACUGGGUCACGAAAUGAAACAUAUGAUACCCAAGGUGUAACACAUUCUUUGCGGAUAGCAACAGGAUUAAGUACAUCUGCUAGCAGUAGUUUUGCUAUAAUUAGGAAUAUUCAACAACUUGGUGGAAAUUUAAUGACAACAGUUGAUCGUGAAAGUAUUGCAUAUACACUGCAGAUUACUAGAGACAAUUUAUCGGAUGCUCUUACAUUUUUGGGGCAUGUUGCAACAAAGCAAGUUUUCAAACCAUGGGAGGUAACGGAUCAGUUGCCCAGGAUGGAAUAUGAAUUAGCCUCCGUGCCAGAUUCGACUAUGGUCCUUGAACUUUUGCAUAAAGCUGCAUAUCGCACUGGGCUUGGAUACUCCCUGUAUACUCCAAAGCAUCAAUUAGGAAAAAUUGGUACAGAAACUUUACAACACUUUGUUAAUACAUGGUUUACUGGAUCAAACUGUGCAGUUGUAGCAACUGGGGUUUCAUUAGCAGAACUUACAGCUUUUGCAAUGAAUUUAGAUAUUGGUUCAAAAGAUGCUACAACCGAAGCAUCAAAAUAUUGCGGUGGGGAGUUGCGUAAAGAAAGAAACUCUGAACUAGCUAACGUGGCAGUUGCCCUUGAAGGUGUAAGUUUGAAAAACGAGAAUGACGCUUUAGCAUGUGCGGUAUUACAAAGAGCGUCUGGUACUGGGCCACGUGUUAAAUGGGGCAGCAGUGCAAGUCCAUUGCAGAAGCAAGUUUCGAGCGCUGCCGGCUCGGAACCGUUUGCUUUGUCAUCUUUUAAUGCCAGUUAUUCAGAUUCAGGACUUUUUGGUUUCGUUUUAUGUUCGACACCCAACGUAGCAGGGCCCAUAACGAAUGUUGCUGCUAAGUGGUUGAAAAGCAUGAAAGUAUCUGACAGUGAUGUUGCUCGCGGUAAAGCUAUAUUGAAGACUGAAAUUUUAGAGGCAGCAGAUAAUGGAGCUGCUUUAUUAGAGAGUUUACAAUGUCAAGCUCUGCACAAACGUACAGUCGCUACACCAGAGUCGCUAGUUGCCAAUGUUGAAAAAGUCUCUGCAUCUGCUGUUAAAUCCAUUGCUGACAAAAUGGCCAGUGGAAAGUUAAGCAUGGCUGCCAUUGGUAACCUGAAAACUGUACCGUAUGUUGAUCAAUUGAAAUAGAUGUUAAGUGUAUUCUUCCAAAGUGAAAAGUAGCACGAAGUUAAUACAUGGAUUCUUCUUAUUGUUGAGAAGAUCGUAACUAAGGUUCGUAUAAGUAAUUGAUCCGAACCCCUGCAACAUUCUCCGGCAGCGCAUUUUUCAUUGCAGUGAAUGUAACAUUCUGUAGAUACAAAUAGAAAUAAAGAAACCUUUAU